AUGCCCGAGAUGGAAGCGCACUCUGCGCGAUGGAGACGCCCGGCCGUUGACGAGGAGGGCUUCCGGCUGCUCAGAUCUUCGGAAACCCGCACCUUUGACUACGACGAAGAGCGGACCCCUGCCAAGCCCUCCAUGCCUACCGAGCCUCGCCGCCGCCGCUUCAUUUGCCUACCUCGGUGGUCCUCCGGGCCCCGAGAGCCCCGCCACCUCGCCGUGAGACCUCUCUUCCCGCUGUUCCAGCAGUGGCCGGUAAACAUCCUCGACCGACUCCCUUCCGCCGUCCGCGUCUUUUUCGUCGCCGUCUUCUUCCUCGUCUGGAUCGCCGCCUUCUCCUACCCCUUGGCCUCCGCCCACCGCCCGUUCCUGGACGGGGACGAAGAGUACGUCCGCAACCUCGACUGCGACGACACCCUCUGGUCCCCCAACGCCUGCGGUAUCGACGGCGAGCUGUGCCGACCCUUUACCGAGAGCCACUUUUCCUUUCGCUGCCCUGCCAACUGCGCCCGCGCCACCGCUCCCGGCCCCCACCCCGUCGGGCCUCACGAUGCCGCCGGCCUGCCCCUCGUCGUCGGGAGCAAUCCCUUCCGCGCCGACUCGUACAUUUGCUCCGCCGCCAUCCACGCCCUCGUUGCCUCGGACGAGCGCGGUGGGUGCGGCCGCGUAACCCGCGUAGGGAAGCACGACACCUACGCUGCCAUCGAGAGCAACGGCGUGUCCUCCAUCGAGUUCGACUCCCAUUUCCCCUUUUCCUUCACCGUCUCGCCCGAUCUGGAUGUCCCGUGCGAUGCGCAUCUCGACCCUCGGAGCUGGCUUUUUACCACCUCCACCUUCUUCCUCGGCCUCUUUUCCCUGUUUGUGACCUCGCCCGCCUGGCAGUUCUUCGUCGCCUUUGUGGCUGUCUUCGCCCACGUGGCCCUCGUCUCCGAUCCUGCCACCGUGUCCUAUCGCUCGACCGCCGUCCUCCCGGAGCGUGUCUCGGGUCUCCUUCACGGCCUAUUUCCCGCCAUCUUCGUCGCCGUCGUGAUUUAUAAGACCUGCGUAAAGAGGACUCUUGCCGGCCUGACGGCUCAGCUCGAGAAAACCAUCCUCUGGACCGGCGGCAUGUGGUUUGGUGCCAUGGCUAAUUACACGCUUGACUGGUUCCCCCUUGAUAGUAUCCCAGUUUACGAGCUGGCUGGGAUUGACAAGACCACCUUCCUGAUCGCUGCCGUUGUCGCCAUUAUCGGCUUCCUGGUUUCGUGGCACCUGUACUGCCUCUGGCUCGAGGGGCGACUGGAAAAGUAUCUACUGUUAUACCCUGCUGCCCUGUUGGCGCUUCUCUUCCUCGAUUGGCUUCCGGGUGGUGGCCUUGACCUGCACCUGUAUCAUUACGCCAUUGCCCUUAUCCUCAUCCCCGUGACUGCCACCCAAACCCGCCUGUCACUCCUAAACCAGGGGAUCCUACUUGGCCUCUUCAUCCACGAUAUCGCUCGCUACGGCUUCCGCCCCUCCUUGAGCCAAGCACUGCCGUAG